AGUUAUUAACCAAUGCUAUCGACCAAAUAAAAAAAUAAAAAAUAACAGAUAUUCCUUCUUCUUCUUCUUCUUCUUCAUUUGUCUUGAGAUUCUUAUCCCUCACACUGAAACUCACUGUUGUUAUACCAAUUUCUCGAUUUCGCAAAAGCCUUCAACGAUGGCCGCUGAAACGAUGCCCUACCAGAACGGCGUCGUUGCUAACUCCAGCUCCUCCGACGCCGCCGCUAAGAAGUCGCGGGAGAGCGAGCGACGUCGUCGCCGUAGGAAGCAGAAAAAGAACAACAAAGCAUCUGAGGAACCGAUUCCCAACGCUGCCGAAGAUAGUGACGAUGCGAAGGAAAGCGCUGAUUCAAAGCAGGUUCUCUUGCAGGUUGUUGAACAAGUUGAAAUUGAGUAUGUACCAGAGAAGGCAGAGCUAGAUGAAGGCAUGGAUGAAGAAUUUAGAAAAAUCUUUGAGAAAUUCAGUUUCAGUGAUGUCACUGGUUCAGAUGACACUGAUAAGAAGGAUGAGGCAACAGAAAAUGCAGCUACUAAUAAAAAGGCUGACUCUGAUUCUGAGGAGGAAGAAAAUGAUGAUGAACAAAAAGAAAAGGGCAUCUCAAACAAAAAGAAAAAGCUUCAACGGAGGAUGAAAAUUGCUGAACUGAAGCAAAUUUGCUCGAGGCCUGAUGUUGUUGAGGUGUGGGAUGCUACUGCAGCAGACCCGAAGUUGCUGGUAUUUUUGAAAUCUUAUCGGAAUACUGUACCUGUUCCUAGGCAUUGGUGUCAGAAGAGAAAAUUUUUACAGGUUAGUCUGCAAUCUAAAUUGAUAACUAAGGGUUAUAGAUGUAAGCAUGGUAAACGAGGUAUUGAGAAACAACCCUUUCAGCUUCCUGAUUUCAUUGCUGCCACUGGAAUUGAGAAGAUCAGACAGGCUUAUAUUGAGAAAGAGGAUAGUAAAAAGCUGAAACAAAAGCAAAGGGAGCGCAUGCAACCAAAAAUGGGAAAAAUGGAUAUAGACUAUCAGGUUCUUCAUGAUGCCUUCUUUAAAUAUCAGACAAAGCCAAAACUAACUUCUCUUGGAGACCUGUAUCAUGAAGGAAAGGAGUUUGAGGUGAAGUUGAGGGAGAUGAAACCUGGUAUGUUAUCACAUGAACUGAAAGAAGCUCUGGGUAUGCCUGAGGGUGCUCCUCCUCCUUGGCUUAUUAAUAUGCAGAGAUAUGGUCCUCCACCAUCAUACCCUCAUCUGAAGAUCCCUGGACUGAAUGCUCCUAUUCCCCCUGGAGCUAGCUUUGGAUAUCAUCCUGGCGGAUGGGGCAAGCCUCCUGUUGAUGAAUAUGGACGUCCACUGUAUGGAGAUGUUUUUGGUGUUCAACUACAAGAACAGCCUAAUUAUGAGGAAGAGCCAGUUGAUAAGACCAAACAUUGGGGUGACUUGGAGGAGGAAGAAGAAGAGGAAGAGGAAGAGGAGGAGGAAGAAGAAGAAAUGGAGGAGGAGGAACUUGAAGCUGGUAUUCAGUCUGUUGAUAGUCUGUCAAGCACUCCCACUGGAGUGGAGACACCUGAUGUUAUUGACCUUCGGAAGCAACAAAGAAAGGAGCCUGAGAGGCCUCUUUAUCAAGUACUUGAAGAGAAAGAAGAAAAAAUUGCUCCUGGAACUUUACUUGGAACCACACACACUUAUGUGGUUGGCACUGGCACCCAGGACAAGUCAGGUGCUAAAAGGGUUGAUUUGCUUAGAGGUCAGAAGUCAGAUAAAGUGGAUGUCACUUUACAGCCAGAAGAGUUGGAAGCCAUGGAAAAUGUUUUGCCUGCGAAGUAUGAAGAAGCAAGGGAGGAAGAAAAGUUGCGUAGUCAGCGUGAAGAUUUCAGUGACAUGGUUGCAGAGAACGAGAAGAAGAGGAAAAGAAAGAUGCAAGAAAAGGAGGGGAAGUCGAAGAAGAAAGACUUCAAGUUUUAGGGUGCCGCAUGUUCGUUUCUUUUGCUGGAAAAUUCGGGUACUAACCUUUUCUGCUGGGGCAAUUCUGUUUGCAUGAGUUGAAAAUUUGUUGUAGCAGCGGUUUAACGCUUCUGUAUUACUUGCCUGAAAGUAAGCCGUCAAUGUUUUGGAUAGGAAUAUACGACUAUAUAAUAUAACGCAGACCAUUUGCAGAACACGUGGUUGGUGCUUUAGGUGAAAAUUCAAUAUAAAUCCUACUAGUUCUUUACAAGAGAUUGUUGAGUGUUGGUAUUCGUGCCUGCGCUACCUUGCAGAUGAAGCCCAACGUGAGUGUUUGUUAACCAGUAAUUUAAUGAAGUUAUUCUCACUACUGUCUUUGAACAUUUGUAGUUAUUCAUUUUCUUGGAGUGACACUUGUGAUAAUAUCUAAUGAUUUUUAUUCUGUUAAAUAAAAUAUUUCUGU